AUGGAAUUUCUGAAAAGAGCAUCGAAGCUGGAAACCUACGGAUUUGAUCCAUACACUGUUUUGGAUAAGCACAAACAAACGAUGUAUAUUGGGGUGACGCACCGUGGAAUCUACGUUUAUCAUGUGAGCCGAAUGAUCCAUCAUAUCACGUGGAAUGAACUGGAAAAAGUAGAUUAUCUUGGCAAAGAAAUCAUCAUAACGCCAGUAUCCUCAUAUGUGUCGCCGUACCUGUCAUCUGAAGAUGCUGAAGUAAGCACACUAGUCAAAUUUUCCUCAUUGAGAACUAUUUAUCCGCACAGUACUGAGUUUUUCAUAAAGUAUUAA